AUGGCAAACUUAAUGCAACAGCAACAUCCAACAAGGCUUGGAGGGAGCAAUCGCAUAGUUGCUGUUGAAGUCACUUCUGGCAACCUUCCAAAUCCUACACCAGAGGCCUCCACAGAUCAUGAGAAACCUGGGUGGAGAAAGUUCCUGUCCUAUGUUGGUCCAGGAUUCCUUGUUUCCUUGGCUUACCUUGAUCCUGGGAACAUGGAAACUGAUCUGCAAGCAGGAGCUAACCACAGAUAUGAGCUGCUGUGGGUAAUUCUCAUUGGAUUGGUGUUUGCGCUUAUAAUUCAGUCGUUGGCUGCAAAUCUCGGCGUAACCACGGGGAAACACCUUUCAGAAAUAUGUAAAGUGGAGUACCCAUUAUUUGUGAAGUACUGCUUAUGGUUAUUAGCAGAGCUUGCUGUCAUAGCUGCAGAUAUACCUGAAGUGAUUGGCACAGCAUUUGCGUUGAACAUACUCUUCCACAUUCCAGUAUGGGCAGGAGUUCUGGUGACUGGGUGCAGCACCCUCUUAUUUUUGGGUCUGCAAAGAUUUGGGGUAAGGAAGUUAGAACUGCUGAUAUCGAUUUUAGUUUUUAUAAUGGCCGGAUGUUUCUUUGGGGAAAUGAGUUACGUAAAGCCUCCUGCUUCUGAUGUAUUGAAAGGGAUGUUUGUCCCAAAACUCAGCGGUCAAGGAGCCACAGGCGACGCCAUUGCCCUUUUGGGUGCUCUUGUCAUGCCUCACAAUCUUUUCCUCCACUCUGCGUUGGUGCUCUCCAGAAAAGUACCCAGUUCCGUGCGUGGAAUCAAUGAUGCAUGUAGAUAUUUUCUCAUAGAAAGUGGGUUCGCCCUAUUUGUGGCAUUUCUGAUCAAUAUUGCAAUGGUUUCUGUGUCUGGCAGUGUUUGCUCUGUCAGCAACCUUUCUGCAGAAAACGUUGAUCACUGCAGUGAUCUUACCCUUAACUCUGCUUCCUUUCUUCUCAAGAAUGUGUUAGGAAAAUCAAGCUCAACCAUUUAUGCCAUUGCAUUGCUAGCCUCAGGACAAAGUUCAGCUAUAACUGGAACCUAUGCAGGGCAAUACAUCAUGCAGGGUUUUUUGGACUUAAAGAUGAAAAGAUGGAUUAGAAACUUUAUGACAAGAAGCAUUGCCAUAACACCUAGUCUUAUUGUAGCCAUCAUUGGUGGUCCUACUGGAGCUGGUCGGCUAAUCAUUAUCGCAUCGAUGAUACUUUCUUUUGAGCUUCCAUUCGCUUUAAUACCACUCCUGAAGUUCAGCAGCAGUAGUACUAAGAUGGGACCUCACAAGAAUUCUAUGAUUAUCAUUGUCAUCUCAUGGUUACUAGGCUUUGGAAUCAUCGGUAUCAAUAUAUACUACCUCAGCACAUCCUUUGUGGGUUGGCUAAUUCAUAGCAGUCUACCAAAGGUGGCAAAUGUGUUCAUUGGAAUCAUAGUGUUUCCACUAAUGGCACUUUAUGUUGUUGCAGUAAUCUACUUAACUUUCAGAAAAGACACUGUAAAGACAUUUAUAGAGACAAAGAAUGAACCAGCAAUGCAAACCCACAUGGAAAAGGGAUUUAUGAAUAAUGGUCAGUUAGAGUUGAGUCAUGUUCCUUAUAGAGAAGACUUAGCUGAUAUCCCAUUACCAGAAUAG